UUUUGGGGAUUAGCGUAAGAGUCAGAUUCGUUUUAACUCUCCCUCACUUUGAUUCUCAACUUAAACAUCCAAGAGGAUUCUAAAGUACAUUUGCCAGAGACAUCGUACACAGGCGCUAUCGCAACUAUUUACAAUGUGCCUCAUCUACUUUGAACUUGUCAAGACUGAUGCCGCUUCAGCUGGAACUGGAUAUCUUUGGAUCCUUUAAAUGUUCGGCAACAGGUUUUGAGGAGCAUGUUUAAAGUUUCCAAGCCUGUUUCCGAGUCGCAUAAAAACUACUUCAGGUCAGCAAAAGAAAAUGGGAGUAAACCUUAAACUCUUCCGGAUAUGUGCUCUGACAGUUUUUAAGAUGACGAUUGUCAGCAUUUUAGUGGUGAUCUAUUGUAAAGAUGUGAGUUUUCCAGGAGUGAUUUUGCGCUUCUUGUUUGCAGUUGUGGACAAUUUGCAGGUUAUAAAGAGCAUCAGAUUUUUCAAUUCCCAGGCCACUCCAAUGAUCACCUACAAUCUACAGCUACCGCACGGGCCGUAUGAUGUUGCUUAUCCCUACAACUACACAUACAUUAUCAAUGAGCCAGAGAAGUGCAGCAAAAUGACCCCGUUCCUGAUCUUAAUGGUCCCAGUGGCUCCAGACAAUCGCCUGUCAAGGGACACCAUCAGAAGGACCUGGGGUAAUGAGAGCUUGAUUCCUGGGGUGAACAUUCUUCGGAUCUUCUACUUGGGGCUUCCAUCUGGAGAGCAAGCCUCUCGUAUACAGGAAGAGCUGAAGAACGAGAGCCGAGAGCACCAGGACAUGGUCCAGAAGGACUUUAUGGACAGCUACUUCAAUCUGACCAUCAAGACAAUGAUGAUCCUGGACUGGUUGACCUCCUACUGCUCUGAGAGUCCUUACGCUAUAAAGAUUGACACAGACACUUUCCUUAACGUGGACCAUUUGGUUAAGUUCCUGGAUCCCAAGGCUAUCCCUACCAAGAAAGACUUCAUCACUGGGGUGAUCAUUGAAGGUGGAGAAGCUCGAAGAGACCGAGGAUCAAAGUGGUACAUGCCUGAGGAGGUGUACCCCAAAAGGACUUACCCCCUCUAUGUCUCUGGGAUUGGCUACAUCUUUUCCCUGGACUUGGCCCAGAAGAUCCUGGAAAAGUCCAAGUACGUGAAACCUUUGCACCUAGAGGAUGUUUACGUGGGCAUGUGCCUCGAGGAGCUGAACAUUAAGCCAACAUACCCCCCAAGCCAGUCUCUCUUCAAUCUUCAGUGCCUGCCCUUUGACAAGUGCCUCUACUCCAAAAUGAUCACUAUGACAGAUCUAAGCAACAGUGAACUUCUGUACUACUGGAUUGCUUUUCAGAAACCUGGGCCUCCAUGUUGAAAAGGAGAGGUGAGUGGGGAAUAUGAAGAAGAAGUGGACAGAACAUCAAAAGUGUGACGUGACCUUUAUAAAAGCUUUGUUAAUGCUAAUGGUAGUAUUAUGUGUUUUUUGCCUACAUAUUGUACCAAACAGUAUUUCAUGCCUUGUUUGGGUAUGAUUUCUUCCCUCAUAUACUAUUGUAAAUAAUUAUCUGACCUUAGUACUGGCCAUAAAGGUUAUAUCAUUUCAUCCAGCAAAUGUUCCUGAAAGGAUCUCCCCAAAUAUUGGUGAGGAGGAAACUAUGUUGAAAAAUCCUGUCAUCAUUACUCAGGAAUUAUUAAAAAUGGACAUCUUAUACUUUGUCUUCCCUCUCCAGUAUAUACAGAAGGUACUGUACUUGUCAAAUAUUUAAUGGCAUGUAUUAAGCAACCAAGAGAUUUGUUCAAACAAACAGCUGAGACAAAUGACUCUUUUUUCCACUGUUCAUGUGAGUUUGUUUACAAAAAACCCUGGAAUCCAUCUAUUCCUCAGCUUCACAAAUGUUUUGGUUUAUAAAUAAUCUACAAUACAUUAAUCACUUGUAAAAUAGAAGUACAGUUCAUAUCUGUUUUGCGGUUCAAAGUAUCCCAGGAUAAAUGUUAUGUUUUACCCCAGCGGGAAGAGAAUAGGCAAGUUCCUGGUACAGAAAUACUCUGUUUUUUGUGUUAAUCACACAAAAGUGGUACUAUUUGAAAAUAAAAAUUAAAAA